CCUGUCGCGCACCUCCAAGACCACCACGUCCGUGUACCUGCUUUUCAUCGGCAGCGUCCUGAGCUCGGCGCCCGCGGCCGACCCACCCCGCCUGCAGGAAGAGCUGCGCAAGCUGUGCCGCCUGGCCUGCGAAGGCGUCCUCGGGGGCAGGGGGCAGGGCGCACUUCUCCGAGAAGGACCUGGAACGACUGGAGCUUUGCGGCUCCAGAGUCCAGACGCAGUUUCUCCGCAAGAAGGAGACGUGCCAGGCGUGCUGGAAACCGAGGUCACCCACCGGUUCAUCGACCAGACCUUCCAGGAAUUCUUAGCCGCGCUGUCCUACCUGCUGGCGGCGCGGGGGCACUUCUGCGGGGGGCCCCGGAGCUGCGUGGCCGCCUCGCGCUCACUACGCGCUUCCUUUUCGGGCCACUGAACGCAGAGAGGAUGCGCGACGUGGAGCACCACUUCGGCUGCGCGGUUUCAGAGCGCGGGAAGCAGGAUGUCCCGAGGUGGGUGCAGGAUCAGUGCCAGGGCUGCCCUAGGGCGGCGCCAGAGGGGACGGAGGGGACCCAAGCGCUCCGGGGCGCUGGGGAGUCAGAGGAGGAGGAGGGCGAGGAGCUCAACGACCUGCUGGAGCUGCUGCACUGCCUGUCCGAGACGCAGGAGGACACCCUUGUGCACCAGGCCCUGCGCGGCCUCCCCGAGCUGGCCCUGGAGCGAGUGCACUUCAGCAGAACGGACCUGGCCGUCCUGAGCUACUGCGCGCGGUGCUGCCCGGCGGGGCAGGCGGUGCAGCUGGUUAGCUGCAGACUGGCCACUGCACAGGAGAAGAAGAAGAAGAGCCUGAUGAAGCGGCUGCAGGGCCGCCUGGGAGGCAGCUCGUGAGUCCCCAGAGCGGGGCGGCCCUCUCUGGCAGGCCCUCUGUGUGCGGCAUGUGUGCAUCUUAUGCACUGAAGUGUCCAUCUGGGCCUGGGGAGCGUGUCCAGACCUGACGCCUGCUCCCCAGAGGAGAGGCACGACUUUGGGCUGGUUUUUCCCACCUCCUUGCAAGGCAGCUCCCAGGGUGUCCUCACCAUGCCCCGCACCUCAGCACCCACGUCCGAGGCAACCCGCCCAGCGCUCCCCCCACCCACCACGAUGCUUCCUCCUAAUAAGUUCUGGCGUACACCACGCCCUCUGUGCCCUGAGCCUUCGCUGCUACUGUGCCCUCCACCCAGAAUACUGUUCACUGCCUAUCCUCAAAGCCUCUCCAAACCAUCCCAGCUGGCCUGAGACCAUUUUGGCCUCAGAAAUGCCCCCACUGACCACCGUAUGCCGUGACAUCUGCCCGUGCCCGUCUCCUCCACCAGACCCUCUGCUCCUCCAGGGUCAAAGCUCGUGCCGUCGUUUCUGUGGAGUUAAUUCCAACCCAGCACCUGACUCAGGUGCUCAGCAUCUGUUGGGAGAACGAACGUCAGGACGUUGACAGGGGCUGGGGCUGGGGCUGCCCACCGCAGGUGCAAGGACAGGCCCACCUGGUGUGUGCAGGUGACAUGCCUCCAUGGGACUCACAUAGACAGCUUCAGUGGGGAGGUGCUUGUGGUCACAGUUGAGUGGUUUCACUCUGGGCUUGGGAUGAAGAGGGAGAAGGGUCCUGGCGCAGCUUGAGGGUGAGGGCAGAGGCAGCUCCGAUACCUCGGGACCAUAGGAAGGAGUCCUUUGUGGGAGUGAGGGAUUGGGAGGGGCUGGGGCCUUCACUUUCCUUUCUCUCUUAGUAGCUCUCGAACCACCAUGAGAAAACCCCCGGACUCCCCACUGCAUCCACUCUGCGAGUGGACCGACGGACAGUGUGGUCUGAACACCCUGACGCGAGUGAACAUGCCCCCAGCCCUUCCCCUGGAAGGGACGCAGAGCAGGACACCCUGGGCAGGGACAGAGGUGUGGCCCUGUCUGGGGAUGGCUGAGGGGACAGGCUGAGAACCUGUGGCCUCUGGUGUCCCUUGCUGGGGUCGACAGGCUCUGCCCACACAGGACAGAGGAGGGAAGAGGGGAUGGGGGCAGGGCUCCAGUACCAGCCUAGCUGCUAGUUAGGACAGAGGGCUCGGCGCCAGUCUGAGUGGGAAGCAGAGUACAGCUGAGCAUUCUGGGGGAUAAAGAAGGCCAGACUGUAUUUUCCUUCCCAAGGAAGGCUGCUAAGUGCUACUGUAAACUGCUGGGUGGUCCCUCUGGAUUCUUACAAGCAGAUAUGGAAGGUGUUCAGGGCGCGGGCUCUGAGGCCAGUCUGCCUGCCUCUGUGCCCUUGACAGGCCGGUCUGUCUGAGCUUCAGUUUCGUCCCCUGGGAAAUGGAGCCAGAAGCUUCCACCUCAGAAGGUUGAUGUGAGAAUUAAUGAGGCAGUUCUUAGUACAUAAUCUUUCCAAUUACUGUUCACUACCACCAAGUAAGCAGAAAGUAAGAAAGAGUGUAGGAACUAGUACCGAUGGGGCAUGGUGAAAUAGGUACAGUCACGUGUCAGUGGUGACAUGGUAACUUAACUUGGCAUAAACAUCAGGAGCCAAAACAGUGAUCAGCUCACUUGGCCCAUCAAUUCUGCUGCCCAACUAAAUGCAUAAAGGUGUUCAUCGCAGCGUUAUUCAUAAUGCCCGACUGUUAGGGACUGGCUAACUAAAUAAGCUCAGCCCACCUGCACUUGGUGGGUAAUUAUAUGGAGUUAGACAUAUUGAGAAUAAGGUCUCUUAUUGGCUCAUCCAAAAGCUCGUGGAGAAUGUCCUGAGGGAAGAGGGGAGUGCAGCCCAGCAGGGACACACGUGGUGACAAAGGGCAGGAGAAGCUCUGUGGGGCCCAGGGAGGCAGGUGUGGAGCCAGCACGUCUGCAGACUGAACCUCAGCCCCCAGGGAGCGGGCAGCUUGCACAGCUGGGGACCCAUGUACUUCCUGACCACAGGCUGUCCCGCUGCAAACUGCCCGACUUGGUCUGCAGAGACCUCUCUGAGGCCCUGACGGAGCUGGGCCUCUUCCACAGCUGGCUCAGCGAGGCUGGCCUGCAUGCGGUGAGUGAGGGCCUGGCCUGGCCCCAGGGUGCUGCAGACACUCAGGUGAGGGCCGGCCUGGAAGGGACCAAGGCGGGGACGGGGGCUCCCAUAGCAGCUCCUACGGUCAACACUGCCUGCCAGGGUGCAGCAGCUGGGCCUCCAGGAGGCUCCCAGUACGUGUUUGGCCAACGCUGACUACCCUGGACCUCAGUGGCUGCCAGCUGUCGGGGCCUAUGGCGACCUACUUGUGUGCCAUCCUGCAGCUCCCAGGGUGCCGCCUGCAAAGCCUCAGGUGGGGGCAGCGCCGGGAAGGGUGCAG